CAUAAGUUCAAUGAUCGUCGUCGGCGUUCAACGUUGUGGUGCGUUAUUGAGUCGUUUCCUGCCUUUGAACGUCUGGAGAAAAUACUAACGGCCUUGCAGCACAUUAGUCCGUGUAUUGUCACACAGAACGUCCAAAAUGUAUGAUGAUGUGGAUUACAUCAAUCCGAAUACAGGCACCGAUAACGUCUGGCAACAUACCAAAGGAAAUGUCAAUAAAAAGUUAGAGCGUGCCGAGCCGUACAGGUUUUUCUUAUCUCCUGUGGAUUGUGACCCUUCAACACACGUGGAGAACCUGACACUAUCGUUUGCAGAACUUUUAGACAAAAGUCUUGGUGACUUGGAAGAGUCACUUCAUAUAAACCUCAUAAUUAACUUAAAAUGGCUCUAUGAACAGUAUCGAAUCACUGGACAGAAGGAUAAAAUUUCAAUUCUGUUUCAUUCUUGUGAUUAUGAAUUAGAUGAAUUGAAAAAAAUACCAAAUUUAAGUUAUAAACAACUUAGACUACCAAAUCUAUUUAGUCUUCAACAGAGCAAUUUCAGAUUCAAACAAACUCAGCCACAAAAUCAAUUUUAUUCUCAUCAUAGUAAGCUAUCAAUGUUUGCUUACUCAGAUGGAAGUAUACGAAUUGUAGUUAUGACUGGAAAUCUUCGAAAGUUUGAAUUUACAAACAUAACUCAAGGGUUUUGGGUAAGCCCAAAAUUCCCAUUGAAAAAUGAAGAUGAUAAAUCUGAUGGCGACUCAAAAACAGGCUUUAAAAAAGAUAUUCUGCGAUAUUUAAAUUCUUAUAAUAAUAUACCAUUAUUAAGAUCUUGGAUACAAAAAAUUGAAAAAGCUGAUUUCAGUGAAGCAAAUGUUUUUUUUAUUCCUAGUAUUCCAGGCAAACAUUUAGAGCCAAUGUGGGGUCAUCAAUACUUAAAAUAUAUUCUGAAAACGCAUGCUUGUAUACCAUUUGGUCAACCAUCAGACUGGCCCAUAAUAUCCCAAGUCUCUAGUUUGGGGAUUUAUGGUGAUAGUUAUAAAAACUGGUUAUUAUCAGAAUUGGUUGAAAGCUUUUCUCAAUCUACCCAUUGUAGCACUGAUAAAGCUGUAAACUUCAAUGUGAUUUUUCCGACUAUGGAUAAUAUUUUAAACAGUUGGGAUGGACCAGUAGGUGGUUCAUGUGUGCUAUACUGUGAUGAAGUACACCAAAAACAAACAUGGCUUAAAAACUACAUGCGUAAGUGGGUUUCUAAUUCACGAAAUCGAUCAAAGGCCGUGCCACAUAUAAAGACCUACUGCCGGAUUUCACCUUGUAAUACAGAAAUGUCUUGGUUUUUACUGACUAGUGCUAAUUUAUCAAAAACGGCAUGGGGCAAAAAACUUUGGCAGGAUCGAAGUUAUACUAUAAGCGCAUUUGAAGUUGGAGUUUUAUUCUUACCUCAGUUUUUGACCGGAUGUAAUACAUUUUCUUUAAAUCAGAAACAAAAUAAUGGUAGAUCACCACCAUUUCCCUUGCAUUUUGAUCUGCCAUUGUCUCCAUACUCAAGUACCGAUCAGCCAUGGCGAGUAGAUGCGUUAGACUCUUGAAGUACGUGAUCAUAUAAAA